AAAGGGAAACUAUUCCCAUGUAAAACAAAAAUCUAAAUCAAAUACUAUCUCUGUGCAGAAUGUCGAUCUUAUUGUUUAAAUUAAAAUUUAAAAAGUUUUUGGCUUAAGGGUACUGUUUCUAAUAUGUCUUUGCAAAACCAAGAUGCUGCUGGUAGACUUAAGGUUAGCCUAAUUAUCCAUUUUUGUAUUCAAAUUAUGUUCAAUUAUAAUUAUGUCAUUACACUACUCACUACACUAACCACCACUGACCACUGACUUAUCUUACACUUUUCACUCUACUCAACUCUUGAUUCUUAAUUUAUUAUCAGUUAUUAGUGUCAGUGCUCAUCUGUUCACUGUUUUCUGGUUGGCAAACGGUAGUGUUACAUACUACUAGAGACUAGAGUGUCUAGUUAGUGUAAACUCAUAACUAAAAAAAACUUGGUCUCUCAGACUGACUGAUGACAAAUGAGACUGGUGAUUGGGAGUUUUAUUGAGAGUUUUAAUUUUUAGUCAGAUUCAUGAGUUCUUAAUCACUAAUUAUUAGUAUUAUUAUAAAAACAGUUGUGUCUAAAAGCACACACAAUUUCCAUCUGAAGUUUUUUUUGUUCCUGUCAAUUUCAUGUGACAAUAUUCUAGCUGUCCAGUAAAAAUUUAUGUUAUAAUCUUUUUUUUUUUUUUAUUUGGCCUUUUUUUUUUGUUGGGAUUGAAGGUAAUUGACAGAAUUAACAUAAAAAACAAUUGUUCCUGUCAAUUUCAUGUGACAAUAUUCUAGCUGUCCAGUAAAAAUUUAUGUUAUAAUCUUUUUUUUUUUUUUAUUUGGCCUUUUUUUUUUGAUGGGAUGGAAGGUAAUUGACAGAAUUAACAUAAAAAACAUAAAUUAUAAAUAGAUAGAAUAUUCGAAUAUCAAAUAACUAAUUACUGAAAUAUUUUUUAAUAGGGUGUGACGGUAGUCAAGCCUGUAAUUUAUGGUAACAUUGCACGUUAUUUUGGCAAAAAGAGAGAGGAAGAUGGCCAUACUCAUCAGUGGACAGUAUAUGUUAAACCCUACAAAAAUGAGGUAAUCUCUUUAAAAAAUGUUGCUGUAAUUCACAGAUGAUAUGAUGUAAUUGAGUUCUUGAGUUAACAAAGUUUUGUGUGUAAACUGCAAUGUAUUGUGAAAAUUAUCUUCUAUGAUUUUAAAAGCCCAAAGACAUGGUGGAAAUUAUUUAUAAACUCUAUUCUGACACGUCCAUCCCACUAAUAUUUCUUUAUAUUUUGUUUUUAUUUCUUUUGAAUAAUGUGUUAAGUUAAUCACUGAAUCUCAUAUUCUUUGGAUGUUUUUAAAGAUUUUCAAUCAAAAUAAAUCAGCAUUGUUCUGUUUACUCAGAGAGUGGCAAGUAAUAAGUAUUGGAAUACCUCCAAAACAUUGCACAGAUUUUAAAGUUUGUAUGCAUUCAAGUAUUUUAACUGCUGAAUAAGUCUGUAGUUUAUAGUAAAAAAAAAUAAAUAAUAUGAUCUGUGAAAUGGUGAAAAAUAAUGGAACACAAUCUUUUUCAUGCUGUAUAAUUCUUACCAGUUACCAGCACAUGUUGUCAUAAAUCAGCAAUUAAUAUUUUUUCUAUAUUUUAUUUUGCAUACUCAAAUUAUCAUAUUUUAUAUUACCCAUAAUUUUUAUAUCCAUUAAAAAUUAUAAUUGAUACACAAACACAAUUCUGAAAUUAAAUUAUCAGGCCAUGUUUAUAUACCAGCCCAACAAAUUGUAUUAUAUUUUGUGUAUUUUUAAAACAAGUUGAAUUUUAAAUUUGAUUCUCCAUUUUUUUUCUUUUUUGAAGGACAUGUCAGCCUAUGUUAAGAAAGUUAAUUUCAAACUUCAUGACAGCUAUCCCAAUCCAAAUAGAGGUGAGCAAAGCAUACUUCGUAUUAGCCGUGCUAAGGCAAUAAAUCUGAUAAAAUAUAGUGAAAUACAUUCAGACCAUUUAGACAUAAUGUAUAUCAAUCGACAACACUUUAUAGGCCUGGUCAAAGCAGUUCUUGUUCAAGCUGAUGAUAAUCCAUGUUUUAAAAAAUGUAUUUAAAAAAAAAAUAAUAGGCAAUUCAUACCGGUACUGCCAGUAAGAUAAAUGAUAAUUGAACUCUUCAACAAAUUUGUUAAAAAAUAUCAACAGGUCAUUAAAAGUCACUCCUACUUAAAUCCUUUGUCUUAACUUCACUUUUGUUAGUGUGUUUCUUUCUUUCUUUGUGGUGGCAAAAUCUUGGAAAGACUAAUUGACCCACUUCCUGUCAUCCCAUCAAGCUGUAACUUGGCACAUAGACUUGUUGCUAAUGACAACACAGUCAAUCGAAUUUUCAGCCCCACCUCAACCCCGAAAAUUGGUUUUUCAAGGGGGAUGGGAGAAAUGUUAAUGCUUUGGUUCACUGGAUGCUUGUUAAGGUGUGGAGGUUAAUUUUGUAACUGUUGCUGUGUGAUCUAUUGGGAUAUGCAUUAUAAAUAAAAUGUAUUUUUCUAAGGGGAAAAUGAAGGAAAUAUGAAACAUGUCUUGUGCCAGAAGCUUACCCAUUUACAUAAAAGCUUCUUAGUAAACGAUAAAUUGCAUACAAUUACAUAAAUGCAAACGAAAAUCCACGGACAGAAUUUAUACAAAAAACUUAGUUUUUUUAGGUGUCGGUUUCAAUGUAAAUGGCUAAUAUAAUGAUAAAUGUUAUAUUUCAGUUGUGACCAAGCCUCCUUAUGAAGUAACAGAGACAGGCUGGGGAGAGUUUGAAAUCAUUAUCAAGAUAUACUUCAAUGAUCCAAUGGAAAGACCGGUAAAUAUUGACCACUAGCAAUAAACCCUCUCAGCAUUAAGAGCUCUUGAUUCAAGCUUGUGAUUAAAACAAAAUGCCCUCCUAACUUCAUUAGGGUUGAUGAGUGCUAAAAUAAAUGUGUACUUUUUGGAAAUUACAUUCAAAUGCUUGCAUCUCUCGCUCACAGAAUGCUGGAAAACUAAAUUUAGGCGCACAUCUUAGUCUUAAAGGGGUCUCUAAUCUAUAUGAAUAAGGUAGCUUCUUGAUUUACCUCUUGGUAAAUAUGUGUAUUGAAAUUAAUUUCUAAUAGGCAUAGAAGAAAUGAUGGCUGCAUCAAUUUAGCUUUAAACAGAGGAUGCUUAAAACAGUGUGGCGGCAUGUGCAGAAUCUAUUAUCUCACGCUUCAUCUUAAAUGAUCCAGAAAAUGUGUACUUAAAAAUCUGUUGUUUUUAAUAUUUUAUUCUUAAUAUUUUCUUGAAUUUUUUUUUUCUGUACCUCUCUUCUACGUGUAAUUGGCCUGUAUUGAUUUAUAUCAUCAUCUGCACGAAAAUGUCUGCAGAUGUUAUUGCCUGUCAUCUGUUAUUAGGUGUUCUCUGAGCUGGUUUACUCUCAUUAAACACUCCCCCCCCCCCCGAAUAAUUUUUGUUUCCGGUCACCAUCUACCAUUUGUUGAAACUGUUUCAAAGUGAUUUUUGAAUUUUUUUUUUCUGUACCUCUCUUCUACGUUUAAUUGGCCUUUAUUGAUUUAUAUCAUCAUCUUCACGAAAAUGUCUGCAGAUGUUAUUGCCUGUCAUCUGUUAUUAGGUGUUCUCUGAGCUGGUUUACUCUCAUUAAACACUCCCCCCCCCCCCGAAUAAUUUUUGUUUCAGGUCACCAUCUACCAUUUGUUGAAACUGUUUCAAAGUGAGACUGAUGUCAUGCUUGGCAAGAAGUCCCUUGUAGUGGAGUACUAUGAUGAAAUGGUGAGUGGUGAGAUAAAUAGCUACAUUUGAACAAGAUAUUAUACUACUACUGAUCGUUAUAUUCCAUAUUUUUAUGUCAUGAGCCUAUUUAUAAAUGUUUGAUGGACUUUUAAUUAAUGGGUGGAAAUGUUCAAAUAAAGAUGAUUCUAUGAUGUAGAACUACAUUUUGAAGAUAUCUGUGCUGCAUCUGGCAGAACAAGUGUAAUGUAAGGCAGAAGUUAUGGCCCAAGAUUACAGCUACCGCUAAUAGUUUGAAAUGGGAGUUGGGUGCACUCCUAUGAUAAAUUUACAUGCUCUGUUGACGGUGGCAUUCAUCAUUAUUCUGGUCCAGUGGCCUUUAGGACAUUCAUCAUUAUUCUGGUCCAGUGGCCUUUAGGACAUUCAUCAUUAUUCUGGUCCAAUGACCUUUGGGGCAUUCAUCAUUAUUCUGGUCCAGUGGCCUUUAGCACCAGCACAUCAGAAAUGCCAUGUAAAAUAUUUGUGCAAAAAAACUAGCGCAGCAACUGCUACCACUGGCUAAAUCAAGUCCAUGAUAACAUUUAUAUGAUCAGAUUUUCCAAGACCCAACAACUGCCAUGAACUCAAUGCUGGCCAACACCACAUCCCUGGGUAUUGGUCCAUACAAGCAUGAAACAGACUGUGAGUAAUUUUUUAUUUGGAAUUAGCAUUUAAAUAAACUUCAAAAAAUUAUUUCCAGUAGACAUUUCUCUAUGUUGGUUUUUUUUUUUUUAAAUAACUUAUCAAACUAAAAAUCUGAGUUCAAUAACUGGCUCCAUAUUUGAUUCUAUUAAUGGUGUUGGUUGCCCGUGAUGCCAAUAAGAUCAUGUUUCUUUUUAUUUUUUCCUCUUGUUGCAUUCAGUUGAAGAAAAAAGGGAGAGAACCAAAAACAAAAUCUCCAACGCUCACAGCAAGAUCAGGUUUGAGAUGGACCAGAUGAAUGAAAAGCUGAAGAGAGCCAAGGACUCCAUUGCCAAGAUGAAAAAAGAAAUCAGCAAAUUGGAAGAAGGAGCCACAGUGGACGCUGAGCCAUCCUUAUAGCAGUGAGCGAACAUUCCUGUCUGAGCCAAGAGUUGUCAGUGGUCUACGUGUCUGUGUUGUCAGUGGUCUGCGUGUCUGAGUUGUCAGUGGUCUGCGUGUCUGUGUUGUCAGUGAUCUGCGUGUCUGUGUUGUCAGUGGUCUGCGUGUCUGUGUUGUCAGUGGUCUGCGUGUCUGUGUUGGAUGGUUUGGAGGCUUUUGAAAAUGAUGUUUUGUGAGUGUUGUGAAGGUAUUGAAAUUAUAGUUACCAAUGCACAAAAGAAUGAAAUUAAGUAACUGGAAUGAAAGUUUGAAAAAUGUGUGUUUAAUCUUUCAUUUCAUGGCAGCAUUUACUUUUAAUAAUCUGUUUUGAGCAAAAUAAAUACUUGUGCUU